AUGGAUUUUAUCAUCCUUCUCAUCGCCAUCCUUGCUCUUUCUAGCACACCAAUUACCAUUAUAUCCGGAUCUGUGACAAACCAUACAUAUUCAACUACAAACUCUUACACCAACGUUGCUCUUUCUGCACGAAAAGUUGUAUUUCCUCCUCCCAGACAGCUAGGAAAAGAUAAUUCUGAUGACGAUGACUUGAUCUGCAAAACUUGCAAGAGAUUAUCAGAACACCGUACAUGUUGUUUCAACUACUUUUGUGUUGAUUUGUUCACCAACAGGUUCAACUGUGGCUCCUGUGGCCUCGUCUGUAUCGUUGGAACAAGAUGCUGCGGUGGGAUCUGUGUGGACAUCAAGAAAGACAACGGAAAUUGUGGCAAGUGUAACAAUGUAUGCUCUCCUGGUCAGAACUGCUCAUUUGGCCUUUGUGUCAGUGCCUAA